CUGUGCAGCCAACGUGUCCGAGUUCGACUUGGAUAAAGCUAAAACGCGAAGUAGCCGAGAACAAGUGGCACAAGCAAAAGAAUCCAACUCCGGCUUCUAGUAAGAGGGAAAUAGGAAGGAAUGGUGAUGGUGGUGAGGGAGAUCGGUGUUGUAGGCAGCGGCCAGAUGGGUUCGGGCAUCGCCCAACUAGCCGCCGUCUCCGGCUUCCACGUUGUCAUGGUUGAUUCCGACGAGAACGCGCUCAAAAAGGGCCUUCAGAACAUCCAUUCCUCUAUCCAUCGCGCCAUCAACAAAGGCCAGCUCUCUAAGUCAGUAGCUGAUGACGCAUUGCAGCGGUUGAGAUGUAGCACAAGUUUGCAAGAGUUCCACUCUACAGAUGUGGUAAUUGAAGCAAUUGUGGAAAAUGAAAAUGUUAAGAAGCAAGUGUUUUCCGAACUGGACAAGGUUGCAAAAAGUUCUGCUAUAUUGGCAUCUAACACAAGUUCCAUUUCCAUCACUCGUUUAGCAGCUGCAACAAGCCGCCCAGGUCAGGUCAUUGGUAUGCAUUUCAUGAACCCACCUCCUGUCAUGAAACUUUUGGAGAUUGUUAGAGGUGCACAGACGUCUGAAGAUGCCUUUGUGACAAUCAAGGGUUUGGCACAUAGGCUUGGGAAAACGGUUAUAUGUUCUCAGGAUUAUCCUGGAUUUAUCGUAAAUCGAAUUCUCAUGCCCAUGAUCAAUGAAGCAUUCUAUGCACUCUAUACUGGGGUUGCUACAAAAGAGGAUAUUGAUACUGGAAUGAAGCUAGGGACUAACCAUCCGAUGGGACCUUUAGAACUUGCUGAUUUCAUUGGGUUGGAUAUCUGUUUAUCCAUAUUGAAAGUUCUUCAUGACGGUCUUGGUGAUAGUAAGUACUGCCCUUGUCCGCUCCUUGUACAGUAUGUUGAUGCUGGACGCCUUGGAAGAAAGCGAGGGAUUGGUGUUUAUUCCUACAGUGGCACACCUAAGUCAAACUCUCAUCUGUGAUGAUUAUUGGCUUCAAAUAAUAUCAUGCCAAUGUAUGAAAUAAAUAGGAAACUGUCAGGUAAAGGGAGAUCGAGUAGGUUACUAUUGCCAUGUUACUGGAGAAUUAAAGGCCGAAUCUGCCUUUUGUUUUAUCUCUGCAUCCAAAUUAAUGUGCAUUGUAAAGUUUCCACUAUGUUAUGACAGUCAUUAUUAUAGUCACAACCGCUGGGCAAACGUUUUUGCCUUUUCACAGAUCUUCAUCAUUGAAAUUUCUAUGAUGUAAAUGAUUGUUAUUGCA